AUGGCGACGCGAGGCGCCACGCACUGGCUAGUAAUGGUGGCGAUGGUGCUGAUGGCGGCAUGCCUUUCGGCGGCCACCGGCGAACUCUUUACCGCGCUGGCCGACAUGGAGGAACUGCUGGAGACGGAAGCCGUGCUGAUUGCCAAUCUGGACAAUUACGUACAGGCGCAGGAGGAGAAGCUGCUGCAGCUACGACGGAAGGUGCAAGAGUAUCGGCGCGAGCAUGCUGAAGCGGCUCGGGACGUCAGUACGUACCUGUCGAACCCGGUGAAUGCGUUUCUGCUGACCAAACGUCUAACCACCGACUGGCGGUACGUUGAGAAUCUUAUGACGUACGAGGUGGGCAAAGAGUUCCUUGAGAACGUCACCAGCUACCGGAGCGUGCUGAAGUUUCCGUCCGACGAGGAUCUCAACGGAGCGGCCGUGGCGCUGAUGCGUUUGCAGGAUACUUACAACCUGGACACGGCCAGCGUUGCCCGCGGCGUGCUCGACGGGGUGCAGUACAGCACCGAACUGUCGGCGGGCGACUGUUUCGAGCUCGGACGCCAAAGCUACCUGAACGGGGACUACUACCACACGGUGCUGUGGAUGCGCGAGGCGAUGGACCGCCUGACCCAAGAGGUCAACCGAACGGCCAUGAAGGAGGACGUGCUGGAAUAUUUGGCGUUUUCCACUUUCAAGCAGGGAAACAUUCAAACGGCGCUUUCAAUGACGGAGGAGCUGCUGGAGCUGGUGCCGAAUCAUGAGCGAGCCGUCAGCAACAAGGCGUACUAUGUGAAGGAAUUGGAGAAAGAAACGCAUCACAAAGUCCUGCGAGGUGACGACGGCAGUGCGGAAGUGCCAGUUGACGUCAACACGAUCUACAAGGGCGACAACAGUCCACAUGUAUACGACCGAACCGAACGGAAGCUGUACGAGCAGCUGUGCCGAGGUGAGCAACAGCUAUCAAUCGAGCUCCGAUCCAAGCUCGUCUGCCGCUACACCACCAACCGUUCGGCGUUUUUGCGGAUCGCACCGCUCAAGCUAGAGGAGGCAUAUCUGCGUCCGUACAUCGUGAUCUAUCACGACGUGAUGUCCGACUGGGAGAUCGAGCGCAUCAAGCAGUACGCCCGGCCCCGGUUCCGGCGGGCAACGGUUCAGAACUACAAGACGGGCGAACUCGAGUUCGCCAACUAUCGUAUCAGCAAGUCGGCCUGGCUGAAGGACACCGAGGACGAAAUGAUCCGGGCGAUCAGCUUGCGGGUGGAGGACAUGACCGGGCUAACGAUGGAGACGGCCGAGGAGCUGCAGGUGGUAAACUAUGGCAUCGGUGGGCACUACGAGCCCCAUUUUGAUUUUGCGCGCCGCGAAGAGCGGAACGCAUUUAAGAGCCUCGGUACCGGCAACCGAAUUGCGACCGUACUUUUUUACAUGAGCAACGUGACGCAGGGUGGUGCCACGGUGUUUCCCUCGUUGCAUAUGGCCCUCUGGCCACGGAAGGGUACGGCUGCUUUCUGGUACAAUCUACAUGCUUCGGGUUACGGUGAUUACUCAACGCGUCAUGCAGCUUGCCCGGUUCUCACCGGUACCAAAUGGGUUUCCAACAAAUGGAUUCACGAACGAGGUCAGGAGUUUCUUCGACCGUGCGAAUUGCUUCCGGACCAUCCGGCGGACAGGUUUGAGUAGUGUGCUGUUAAUGUCGAUUAUGAUUACGAUUGACCGUUAUCUACUCAUCUACCCUUAAGUCAAACAGCAGACCCAUCUGACCAGUGUCGCCAUUCUAUUUGCCAUCGUAACGUUGCCAUUACUUACCGUUAACAUGUAUCCUUUUUAGCUCAUAGUAUACCACUGAUAAGUUACUGCUUAUAGUUAUAAUUACCCACGAGGUGCAGUCGAAAGAGGCCAAAAACCAAAUGAACUUGCAAACAAAUCUCUCUAGCCAUUACGCCAUUAUACAAAAUACUCUGCCGUCAUUAAUUUUUUUUUCCUUUUUGUAAUUGCGUUCCAGCAUCUUUCGCGCGAUAAAUCUUAACGUAAUUUUAGUAAAUGUAUACUUCUACAGUUAUUCGUGUGCUGAAUUCCAUAGCGGCUGGAAACUUUUUCUGCGUUUGUGGACCACUUGAGAGUUUGUUUCGAUUUACAACAGAAAUAACUACGACGUCCUCCUCGCCAGUGAAAGUGAAACACCGGGAAAACUACAACUGAAGAACAAAUCGUGAAAAAGCAAUUUAAAUGCUUCGUAUUGAGGCAAACAGAUGUAACCGCAAACAUUGUGCAUCGAAACACCAAACAUUUUAACUAGUUCAUUGAACAAAGUAAAAUCAAAACUCACCGCGGGCGAUAGGAGGAGUACACGCUCGCUCACUGUAUGGUUACAUUUCUACGAUUUGAGGCGUUACCAAAAAUAUACAUAAAUAUAUACAUAUACACAUAUACGUUUUAAAUGGCUGGUUCAAAAGUAUUUAACAGAAUAAAAAUAGAGACCUGUUGGAGGCGGUGAGAGGGAAUUGAAAAAUAAAAUGGUUGUCCUCUCUACUCUACUUAGGCUUGUAUCGCAAAUGGAAAAACGAACAAUAAGAACGUGCUAGUCUAGCGCGUGCUAGCUAGCCCACGAGGGGAAAUAGAUCAUUUGUACGUAAAACAUUCGCAUCGUGGUUCGGUUUUUACAACAAAAUCUGCCCGAAACCUGCAACGAAUGCAGGAUACGU